CGAUAGAGGAAGCUCAGGGACAACAGAGAGACUACCAAUCUGAGUCGAGCGAAUGCCACCAGCAAUUCGACCUAGGCCUUCAACCUUGUCGCGUGAAUUUUUGUAAACAAAGCGAAAAGCAAAGAUGUACCAUACAGGCGACAGCAAUUCAACUAACAAUGUGUAUUGAUUGUACGAAAGAGAAUUAUCCAGACAGGGGAGAAACCUGCUUAGAUAGUGGGUCCUAUAUGAUAAACUUUCAGUGCUGUAAAGAGUGCAACAAGAAGGAGCCAAUCAAGUUACAAGGACGCACAGUUGAAACAGAUGAAGAUGAUGUGGAGACCAUCAGUUACCAGCAUGUAUGUGGUGCUUGUGGACAUUUGAUUGCUAAACACAGUUAUACAUUCUGUGUCGAUGGUGAAUAUCAGGAAUAUGAGAUGAUUUGUUUACUUUGUGGACGAAGUGCUACCUCAGUCAGUGUGCUCCCAGAUGAUCCUAGGUUACAGACGGUACAAUUUUGAAGGAAUGCUGAAUUGGGUUCUAAGCAUGUUCCAGUGGAGUGGAUCACGGAUGCAGGACCAGGAACCUCAAAUUGGGGUUU